UGAUGCUCCCCCUUCUAGUAGGACCCGAGGCAGCAAGAGAAAGAUAUCACCCCCUCUUGCAUCCACCACUAUUGAGAGGAGAUCUAAGCAUAAGGAGGAUGCAUCUGCCACUCGUCCUAUAUUACUUUAUGAGCCCGAGUUCGAGGUCGAGCCUGAGCCUAUCUUCAUAUAUCACCCCACAGCUGAGGAGAUUUCUUCCUCCAUGGGCACACCUAUGGAAGGUUUCUACGAUGGGGCUAAUGUGGUGUUUGAGGCCGCGACUCCUGCCACACCUGUUGUUGCACCGAGAGUUUCUGCUGAGGCUCCUGUCCCUUCCACUGAGCCGAUACCCAUAGAUGAAGGUACUCAUACGAAGAGGGUUAGUGAGACUGCUCCCAUUCCUACCGAGACACUUACUCCCCAAGAGGGAGCCAUUCCUCUUGUUGUUGCUCAAACCGAGGUUACUUCUCUUGCCACACCUCUCGUUAUCUCUACUAGUGAUCCCUUUACGGCUCUAUCUUAGGCCGUGAAGGAUGGCUCUUCUUUGGUGGUUACCCCUUCUUCCAUUCCAAGCUUUGCUACACAUGGACCUGAUGCAGACCUGUCCUUUGAGGGAUCCGAGGAUGUUCUUGAGGAUCCUAAUGACGAACCCACCAUAAAGAAGAGAGUUUCUGAUUCUAAUGAAGAGGAGAGUGCCGACCAUGAGGCCGAAUUCAUGGAGACUUUUGAGGAGCCAAGAGUUGCAACAAACACAGAGAUGCCCACCGCCACUUCUCCUGCUGCACCUGUAACACCUGUUUCUGCCAUGUUUUCAACACCAGUUUCUACCAUAUCUACAGUAUCAGUUUCUGCAGUACCUACAGUAUCAGUUUCUACCACUCUCCCAACACCAGUUCUUGCUAUCUCCACAGCCCCUAUUCUUACGGGUCCUGGUCCACUCCCUACUGCCUCUUAUCCGUUUGAGGUGGGCAAUAGUUCUGCCACAGUUCCAAACCCAAUGAGUGAGGCCGCCGCCAUCUUUGCUCGUUUUGAUCAGCCUGAGGUUAAUGACCUUGAUCCUGCAGACUUCUGGGGUUCUGGGCCUCCUUAUGUAGACUUCCAUGGCUUCAAAGUUCCCGAGGAUUGUGCUUUUCAUUUGGAGGCGAUCUAUAGUAGCCGUGGUGACUUCAUGCAAGGAUUCCGCCUUGGCCGUUCUGCCAGGGAGCACUUUUUGAAGCUGCUAGGGAGUGUGAUGAAUGACAUUGAACAUAACCUUGUUGACACUAUCUCCACUAAGAGGAUCCUGCAGUGGAGGGCUGCGGUUCAAGAGCUUGUUAAUGUGGGCUUUGCUGUGGAGUUCAUUCUAGACCAUCUUCGUGAGAUUGCCCGAGCCUUCUUUAUGAGGAAGGUUCAGCCUACUGUUGAUGCCAUUGAUACACGUAUCGAGGCUCUGAGGAAGGAGGUGGCAGACUUGGAAGGUCGUCGUGAGCGCCUUCUUUCCAGCAUUGGUGGAUCCAGCCGCUUUGGAGAUCAGCCUCUUAUUUCUAGGCUUCGUUGAUGAUGAUGUAGUUCCCUUUUUUCUUUUUUCUUUUCCUUCUCUUACUACCCCAUCUAGUACACUUUAUGUUUCCUAUAACGCUUAUUUGGCAAGUUUGAUAUGACUGCCACAGUUUAGGUUUGUCACUAUGAUGCUGCACUCUACUACUACUUUUGGCUAUUGC